UGGGUGGGUUUAAGUGUGUGCGAGAAGUUUCUGAACGUGGUGGUGGUGGUGGUGGGUGGGGUGUACUAGUUCAUGGGUUUCAAGAUUACCUGCAAACACAACGCCAUCUCCACAACCAUCAAUCCUCAAGAGAAUAAGCAAAACAACAAUCACAAGCCAGACAAACAUCCAUGGCCGCAUUCAUUCGGUCUUACAACCAUGCCCUCUUACACCGACCAUUGAGGACUCAGAUCGUCACGUCAUUGAUUCUGUUCGGUGGAGGGGAUAUCAUUGCACAGCAGGCUAUCGAGAGGAAAGGAAAACAGCAUGAGUGGGCUCGGACGGCCCGACUGGCUGGAUAUGGAGGCUUCGUCUUCGCCCCACUCGGGACGCGUUGGUUCAAGACCUUGGACUUCAUCCAACUGAAAAGUCGUGGAUUGACCACCUUCCUGAAACUCAGCAUCGAUCAACUAAUCGCCGCCCCGACGAUGCUCGCCUUUUUCUUCACGACGAUGAAUUAUCUGGAAGGCAAGGAUCUUAAGCAGGCCGAAGAACGGCUGCGUGAGAAAUGGGGGCCGACCCUGUACAAGAAUUGGAUCGUUUUCAUCCCUCUACAAGCGAUCAACUUUGGCCUGGUACCCAGCCACUUAAGACUCCUAGUGAUCAACGGCGCUUCCCUGUUCUGGAAUUCUUAUUUGUCCUAUGCCAACGCCUCCACCCUGCCGAUCGUGGGAAAAAUCAUCGAACAGGCGGACCACAAACUCGAGGCGGCUUGAUUCGAUUUCUCCUGAUGUCUCUUCUUAUCGUGUUUCAUACCGUGUUUGGAUGGCCCAGCUGGGAAUCGGGGCAGUCCAUAUUGCGUUGUGUGUUCACAAAUUCUCAACCAUUCUCUCGUCUUGCAUGUUCGUUCGGAUAGAUGUAACUCGACCCAUCUUCACCAAGAAAAACUCCGUCUUUAUGAUCUCUUCAUGAUACUAUGAUUCUCAUCAUCUUACUAAUUCAAAGCACAUAGAUAGAUAACUUAUUUCCCCACCCAUACAUAGCUCCAUAGAUUCAAAUGAUUAUUCCAAAAAACAACGCUAAUUAUCAGACUUGUCAUGUUGCAUUUUGUUUUUGUAAUGAAUAGGUCAAGAUCAAGACAGGUGUGUAGAAGGAAGCCAAUUCACGAGAGUUGGGCUGAUUCUCGUUCCAGGCACAAUUCAGU